UAUUCAUAUAUCAUAUAGUUAUCAAAGUGUGAGAAAAGGAUAUGUAUGUAAAUUAUAAUUAUUUAAUUCUUUAAUGUAAAAUGUCCUAAAAUACAUAUAUUUUUGGAAGUAUAACAGUAAACUAUAUGUGAUAAUGAAUUAUAAAAACUUUUAAAAAUAUUUUUCAAGGACUCGUACAAGGUUAAAUUAUUUACAAAUGGCAGAUAAAGCUAUUAUGAAGCAAAUAGCAGAACAAAAACUUAAAGCAUUUUCUAUUGGCACAAUGGGUAAAAGACCAUUAAGUAAAAAAGAAUUAGAAGAACAACGUAAGAAAGAACAAGAACAAGCUGCAGCUCAAGCAUUUGAAGAAUUUGUAGCAACUUUUCAAGAAACGCCUAAUAAAACAACUAGUAAGGUUUGGGUAAAAGCAGGAACUUAUGAUGCAGGCAAACGACAGGAAGAUACAAGAGAAAAAGGAAAACUUUAUAAGCCACAAUCAAAAAUAUCAGAGCUUGUUGAUAGCAGAUCAUCAGCUGAACAAGCACAAGAAUAUGCAAGAUUAUUAGGAUCUAAUGAAAGAAAAUUAGAUAGAUUAGGAAAAAAGAAGAAAGAAGGUGAAAAAAAGAAAAGUAACCUUGAAUUAUUCAAAGAGGAAUUAAAAAUGAUACAAGAAGAACGAGAAGAAAGACAUAAAUAUAAAGGUGUAGUGAAAAAUGUUAUUUCUACUCAAUCAGAAGAUCCAAUGUUGGCAGCUUUAAAAUGCGUUGAAGAUGGAUCAUUUGACAAUGGAGAUCCUAAUACUACUAAUCUAUAUUUGGGAAAUUUAAAUCCAAAGAUUACAGAACAACAAUUGAUGGAAAUAUUUGGCAAAUAUGGUCCAUUGGCUAGCAUUAAAAUUAUGUGGCCACGCAGUGAUGAAGAAAAAGCCAGACAAAGAAAUUGUGGGUUUGUUGCAUUUAUGAGUCGUAAGGACGGAGAACGAGCAUUAAAAAAUCUGAAUGGUCGUGAUAUAAUGCAGUAUGAAAUGAAAUUGGGCUGGGGAAAAAGUGUUCCAAUUCCACCUUAUCCCAUUUAUAUUCCACCUGCUUUAAUGGAAAUUACACAACCACCACCUCCAUCUGGUCUUCCAUUUAAUGCUCAACCGCAUCGCCGUGAUAGACAUAAGAUACCUCGUAUUCGUAAUCUUCAAACAGCAGAUCCUCAGGAAAAAGAAAAUUUUGAAAAGGUUUUACAAAAUGCAGUUGUCAAAGUGGUUAUUCCUACAGAAAGAAAUUUAGUAAUGUUAAUACAUAGAAUGGUAGAAUUUGUAAUUCGAGAAGGUCCUAUGUUUGAAGCAAUGAUCAUGAAUAGAGAAUUAAAUAAUCCAAUGUUUAGAUUUUUAUUUGAAAAUUAUUCUCCAGCGCAUAUUUAUUAUCGAUGGAAAUUAUAUUCUAUAUUACAAGGAGAUGGACAAAAAGAAUGGCGCACUGAAGAUUUUAGAAUGUUUAAAGGUGGAAGUGUGUGGAGACCCCCUCCUAUUAAUCCAUGGACACAAGGAAUGCCUGAUGAAUUGAUUGAAAUGGAAGAAAGACAAGAACCUAGAAGGGGUAGUUUAUCAAACAGCCAACGAGAUCGAUUAGAAGAUUUAUUACGAAACAUAUCACCUGAAAGAAUAAAAGUUGCAGAAGCAAUGGUAUUUUGUAUAGAACAUGCUGAAGCAGCAGAAGAAAUUUGUGACUGUAUUUCGGAAUCAUUAUCAAUAUUACAAACUCCUGUUAAUAAAAAAAUUGCAAGAUUAUAUCUUAUAUCCGAUAUAUUACAUAACUGUGGCGUAAAAGUAAAUAAUGCUACAAUUUAUCGUAAAGCAUUUGAAACUCGACUUUUGGAUAUAUUUAAUGAAGUUCAUCAAGCUUAUAAACAAUUUGAUAGUAGAUUAAAAGCAGAAGGAUUUAAAGUUCGUGUAAUGAGAAUGUUUAGAGCAUGGGAAGAUUGGGCAGUUUAUCCACGAGAUUUUCUUGUUAAAUUACAAAACACUUUUCUCGGGCUUGUUUUAGUAGAUGAACCAGAACCUGAAAAUGAUGAAGAUAUUGAUGGAGCACCUUUAUCAGAUGUAGAUGGAGAUGGUACAGAAGAUUUAGAUGGAGUACCAUUAGAUGGUGCAGCUCUUCUUAAAGGUGCUAUGAAACAUGGUUUAACACCACAAACAACUAAUUAUGAUGACAUUGAUGGUGUACCUAUGGAUGAAGAUAUCGAUGGUGUUCCUAUGGAUGAAGAUGAUUCUUCAAAUGUACAAAGUAAAGAAGAUGAUAAAAAACCAUCUAUUCCUGCAGGAUUUGUACCAUCUCGUUGGGAAACUGUUGAUCCUGAUCAGGUUGAAGCACAAGCUAUGACAACUAGCAAAUGGGAAGAAUUAGGUCAAAAUGAUGAUUCGAAUUCUCAAGAUACUAGUAUGGAUUCUAGUGGUAGGGAUUAUAAUGAAGAAAGACGAAGUCGACUACGUGAAAUUGAAGUUAAAAUAAUGCAAUAUCAAGAUGAAUUAGAAAGUGGUAGAAGAACAUUAAAAUCUGGUAUGACAAUUCAAGGACAAGUAGAACAUUAUAGAAAGAAACUCAUAAGAAAGAGUGAAAGAGAGAUGAAAGAUGUAAAAAGUGAAGAACGUGAUGAUGAACGACGAAGAGAAAAAAAGCGAAGCACAACUCCAGAAUCUCCAAACCAUUAUAGAGAUCGAAGACGAAAUUCAACAAGUCCAUCUUCUAAAAGUAAUAGAUAUAGAUCACGUAGUAGAUCACCGCGAGGUAAACGUAGAUCACGAUCACCAUAUAAAAAACGGGUUCCAGUGACACCAUCACCACCACGUAUUCGACGAACACCUUCGCCUUCCUUUUCAUCCAGAGUAUCUCGUAGAUCGCCUACUAAUGAACGAAAUGACAGAAAAAGAAGGGGUAGAUCACCAUCAUUGUCACCACCACCUCCACCACGUACUUCAAAACAUAGAGCUAAUAGUCCUCCUUCUCCAUCACCACGCAAAUAUAGGCAUAAGCAUAAAUAUUAAAUUAUUUUACAUUAUAUUUUCUACAUUAUGAGAAAUACAUGUCAAUAGAAUUAAAAAACAAAUAGCGUUAUAAAAAUAAUGUUAUUGUUAUAAAAAAUUAGUUAUUGCAAUACUAAUUCGAUGAUACAAAAUACUUUUAUGUUUUUUUAAAUAUUUAGAUACUCUUUUUUUCAAUUUUCCUUAAAUUAAUUCACUUUAUAUGUAUAAUUGUUUAUAUAUACAAUGAUAUGUGACAAAUACAUGGAAAAAUAUACUGAUUCUUAAUUAUAAUAAAAAAAUAAUUCUAUUUAUAUAUAUAAUUUUUUGUAUUAUAGUAGUUUAAUUAUUAUUAAUUCAUAUGAAUGAACUUAAAAUAUCUACAAAAUAUCUAACAUGUCACAAGAAUUGAUCUAUUGUAAAAUUAAGAUCAUUUCAAACAUGAUCAAAUAUUUUUAUUGCUAGAUUUUAAAUAAUAUUUCUUGGAAUGUAAAUAUAAUAUAAGAUUAGAAAUUUAUAUAAUUGUAUAUAUAUAUUCAAUAUUAGAUAAAGCACGAUUAAUAGUGGGGGAAUCAUCAUAUUAAUGAUAGGAGUCGUAAAUAAAUAGCAAGGAAGUUGUAUGAUCUAAUUCAAAUCUGGACUAAAUUAUAGUCAGAAUUAGAAUAUUAUUGCCAAAAUUACUUUCAUUAUGGUUUGUGAUCUCAUCUCCACGUGGAUCUUAUAAUUCCUAAAAAUUAAUUUGCAUCCCCGUUAUUUUGAAAUAUUUGUUUUAUGUAAUAUAUUUUUAUGGCAAUACAAUAAAAUAAUUAUAAUGCACAAUAAUAUAAUAAGUUUUUUUUAAUAAGUUAAUUAUUGAAAUUGAUGCUAUAAAUUUAACUGCGAAAGUUAAGAGAAUUAAAAUAUUGCCGGAUUUUUAUCUUUUUAUGAGUAAUAAUUAAUUCUAAUAAACUAUAUAUAAUAUUAUAAAAAAUAAUAUAAAUAAAUAAAUUCUAAUAUAAAUGUAAUAUUAAUAUAUAGUUACUUCUUUCUAAUCAUCUGAAAAAAAUUAAUAUUCACUUAUCAAUCAAGUAUUCUUUUUAUUUUCAAAUCGAAAAAUAAAUAAUUAUUUUUUAUUAAAGAAUUAAUUAAAAUUAAAUUCAGAAAAGUUUUCAUUAUUUUUUAUUUUCUUUUAUUUUUUUUUAUGUACAUUAUUCUUAAUAGCUAUACAAAAUUUUUUUAAGUAUUUUUUUUAUUAAUAAUUUUCAAAAUAACAUUAUAAAGGUAAAAUUUUAGAAAAUAAUUUUACCUCAUAUAUAAUAUAAGUUACCAUAAUUAAAAAAGCUAUGUAUCCAUUACUUGCACCUGGUUCAUAAACCUAAAAAAUUUAAUUAAUAUCGGCAUCGAACACUUUACGAAUAUUACUUAUUCGUAAAAAAUUUUUAAAUAUUUAUAUGCAUAAUACAUAAUACAAAACUUAAUUGAUUAUUUAAUAUAUAUUUUCUUUAUUUAAGACUGUAAAAAAAUUAUUGCAAAAUCCUCCAUGCUCAUGUAAUUUCAUCUAUACUUUCUUACAUAUUUAUAUAUAUUAUUUAGUUUCUAUAAAUACACAUUUAUUGUUUUAAUUAAUUAUAUUUAAUUUAUUUUAUAUUAAGAAAAUAUUAUGUAUUAUUUUUUAUAUAAUAAAAAAACAUUCAAAAUUCAUUAUCAUAUUAAAUAUAAAUUGUUUAUACAGAAAUAAAUUUUGCAAUUUUAAUAAUACUAAAAUUUUUUCACAUUAAAAUAUAUAUAUACAAUAUAAUAGAUUAUUUUUUAUUUUUUGAUAUUAUUGAACUAUUGGUUUUUUCUUGUUUUUACUUCUUUUUCACUAUCUUCUUCAUUAUCAUUUUAUAUAAUUUGUAGUUUUCCAUAGCUAGCUUCUAGUUUUGCAAUCAAUUCAGUAUCAUCAAAAUCUCCAAUUUCUUUUUCUUCUUUUAAUAUUGUUUUUUAUUCAAUUCCUAUUUGAUUUUUUUGCUUCAUUUCAUCAAUAUUUUUAUUUUCUUUAUGUUUUCUCUUCCAUUUUUCAUUUCAUUCAUAUUUUUAUCAAUUCCUUCUUUUCCUCAAAUUU